UUACCUUCCUGGACACCUUCUCUGCCUCUGAGAAAAGACUGGUUUCCACAAGGCCAAAGGAAUGCAUGCCAAACAGGUGGCUUCACCACAUGUGUCGUACCUCUUCGUAGCUCGCCAUUGUUUUUUGGUAGGAAUGUAUUGGAUGUAAAAUUUCUUGACCAAUUUCAGUCGGGUUAGGAGUAAGUACGUGUUAGAGACCAUACAUGCUUUGUUUCGAUACUUAGCCAGACACCCUGUUACCACCAUGCGACUUCUGACUUUAUACAGAGGGGCGUGUCUCCUAAGGAACGCUACCACUCUCAGGGUGCAACCUCAACAGCGAUACCUGUCACAUGGACUUCUCCAGUACUCUAGGGAGGUGUCACAAGCCUUGCAAAACGACAUCCCAGUGGUGGCCUUGGAGAGCACGAUCAUAACACAUGGAAUACCAUUCCCUCAGAAUAUACAAAUAUACAGUCUGGAUGGGGAUCAGCUUGAAAGUCUGACUAAAGAGGGCACCAGUGCUGUCAAGACAUCCCGCAGAGACAUGGCUUGGGUUCUGAGUCAGGGUUUCACAGGUGGUCUGACAGUGGCUGGCACCAUGAUAGCUGCCCACAAAGCCGGUAUCCAGGUGUUUGUGACAGGGGGCAUUGGUGGAGUACACAGGGGAGCUGAGACAUCCCUGGACAUCAGUGCUGACCUGACGGAGCUUGGCAGGACACCCAUCACAGUGGUAUCUUCAGGGGUCAAGUCUAUACUGGACAUUGAGAGGACAUUAGAAUACUUGGAGACUGAAGGUGUUUGUGUGGCUGCCUAUGGCCCCAGCACGCACUUCCCAUCCUUCUUCACCCCGCGGAGUGGUCACCAUGCUCCCCACAGUGUAAAUUCCCCUGCUGAAGCUGCCAGAAUGAUAUAUACUAGCUUGCAAUUAGAGCUGGACAGUGGAGUACUUAUAGCAGUUCCCAUCCCUGAAGAUGACUCUGUGUCACAUUUAGAGAUUGAACAGGACAUUCAGAAUGCUAUUAUAGAGGCGGAACAUAAAAACAUCAAGGGGAAAGAAGUGACACCUUACCUGUUAAAGAGGGUACAUGAGAUGACACAGGGAGACUCCUUAAGAGCCAAUAUGGCUCUGAUAAGAAACAAUGCAGACAUUGGCAGCAAAAUUGCCAUAGAAUUAGCAAAACUCCAAAACCAAAGUUCUGGCCACCAGAGGCCGACACCGCAGCCCAGGUCAGCAGGAAGUUUGCAUCCAGCACCAUCUGGUGGGGAGCAAGGAAGGCCUGUCGUUAUAGGUGGCACCAUUGUAGACUUCACAAUCACCGCCACAGACCCCAAUCUCAAGGAAGAUGGUGGAAGCUACCCUGGUCACAUGAGGCAGUCGUUUGGUGGAGUCGGGAGGAAUCUAGCGGAUGGAUUAGCUCGCCUUGGCUCCAAUCCUUUCUUCAUAUCGGCCAUUGGUACAGAUGGGCAUGCCGAGUCCAUGUUGAACUACUGUAGUCACAUGGACUGCAGUGGUAUUGCGCAGCAUGAGACCUACUCCACUGCCACCUAUUGUGCAAUUCUAAGACACAGCGGUGAGUUGAUGUAUGGUGUGGGGGACAUGGAGAUUCAUUCCACCAUCACACCCGAAUACAUUGCCAGAUACGAGGCCAAGCUGUGUCAAGCUCCCAUAGUUCUUAUUGAUGGAAAUAUCCCAGAAUCCUCUAUGGAAUAUGUCUGCAACGUCUGUGAUAGAAAUCAAGUACCAGUAUGGUUUGACCCCACUGACCUCCACAAGGCAGAGAAGCCGUUUCACAGCGAUGCCUUCACCAAGAUCACGUACACGUCCCCGAAUAUCAAUGAACUGAGACACAUGAGGCGGGGGUUGAUGGGAGGGACGGGGGAGAUUGAAACAGGCCAGACAGAUGACUUACCUCUGAAUGCCUUGCUAGAAGAAAGUGUGGAAAUAUGCAGACAGUUAAUAGAAUACAUUCCAACCAUCUUAGUGACUUUAGGAAAGCAUGGUAUUUUACUGUGCAGGAACACUAGCCAAGACAAUCCAUUCCCAUACAAAGGAAAAAUUGUGCCAUCUGAAGGAGCAUUGACUGCCAUGUAUUGUCCAGCGUAUGCACAGGGCCAGCAACAGGUGCCCCUGGUCAGUGUAUCUGGAGCAGGAGACAGUAUGGUAGCAGCCAUAGUCCACAGUUUACUUAGAGACAUUCCAGCUGCAGACUGUAUCAAAUAUGGACUUCUUGCCGCUACCCUCUCACUACAAUCCCAUCAUGCAAUAAUACCAAGCAUGCACCAGAAGUUACAGGAACACAGCAUCAAAGACAUGAACUGGCAAGACAGUCACUUAGAGAUAUGAGGACACUACUAGUCUGAUCACCUGAAUACCACUCACAGAGAGUGGAGACCUCCACCAAGGCAGCUCAGGUCAAUUAACGUUCUUAUUUGGUUAAUAAUUAGUGAAUUGAUUAAUAGAGAGUGGAGACCUCCGCCAAGGCAGCUAAGAUCAAUAAGUAUUAAUUAAUAAGUAUUAAUAAGUAUUGUAAAUUAUUAAUUAGUGAAUUAAUUAGUAAAUUAAUAAAAUAUAACCAGUUAUUAUGCUAGCCUAUUUCUAUAACAUAUAAAAUGUAUAAUAAUUCAAUAUAUAACAAAACAAUUUAUUCCGUGUCAGUUUUUAAAAACAGUAUAACUGCAAUCACUGGCUAAUUAUCAUGAACAUAAAAAUGGUCUGUGUCUACUAUUAAACAGUAAAAUGGUCUAUGAGAGUAUUCACAUUGAGUAAAGCCGGGGUCUAGCAAGGCCGAGACCUAAUUAUG